AUGGCUUCUUCUUCAGGUAUUACGAGAAAGUAUCCGCGACGUUUUUAUGAGCUAGGAAAAAACCCCAUUCAGAAUAGGAGCAUGAACCAUAGCUGUUUUCUGGUCAAUCUUCAAGCGUUUGAAGAAGCUGUUGGGGAAGAUUUUUGGUCUGAGUUGAGAGAAUCAGCUGUUGAAGUUAUUGUUAAGCUGAAGGAGAUGGAGUAUAUUUGGUCUACGAAAGCUGUUCAUCAUUUCCUUGCCAAUCAACUCGCCAUCACGAGCCUCCAUGAGAUUUGGUCUUUGAUAGAUUGUAUGCCAAUACGGUUCUCCUUGUAUGAGUUUGGAGAGUUUACUGGUCUAAACUGUGAUGCUUUCGACAAGCAUGAUGUAUGGGAUGUGGAUCAUCUAGAGUUUUGGGGGGGGGGGGGAUGA